AUGUCUUCAGCAUCACUUCACUGCGAAGCGACCUCUGUCGUCACUUGCAUGCUAUGUACGGUGCUCAGUGAGCCGCUCGAAAAAGAGAUGACGCCGACUGCCACCGUCAACGCAAUGUUCAAAAAGUGCGAUAAAAUGGGUCUAAUGGAGCCAGUUUGUGUGCAAUUCGUGUCAGAGAAUGUGAAGGAGAUGUUCCAACGUGUUCGUCAGGGAAUCCCCUCGAAUAGUGUAUGUCAGACAAUGCAAUUCUGUGAUCUACAGUAA